AACUAUACUGGGGGUGGCAUGGACAGCUAUGGCGAUGCUAAUUAAGCAGAAUCAUGUGUGAGGAGUGUUCAGGGCAGCUGAUGCUGGGUUUUCCAUCCUCAGAAGCGCUCCUUGUGGACUUAGAGACCCAAGAGGAGACGCAGGCUCGGAAUCUGGGCAGACCUGUCAAAUCCUCGUGAGUGGUCCCUGGCCCCAUGAUUUCUGACCUCAGCAAUUCUGUGUGUGAUGGCAGUGACCCCUGACCUUGGAAGGUCCCUGUCCCCUGGCUAUCUUCUCAGGAAGCAGUACCUACGCCAGGUCAUUGCAGAAUAUGAGGCGCUGGACCGGGAGCUCCCAUGCAUCCGCAAGUUCCCCAUGCUGCCUGCUGCCCAGCCCCUCUGUCUGUGCAUGGAGACCUUGCCGGAAGUGGACCUUACCCACCUGGAGGUGCUGGAGGCCCUGGAGGCCGAGUUACCCGGGGCCAUGGAGAGCGGGCACGUGAGCAGUAUCCGCUUUGAGAACAUGAACGUCAUCUGUGGGACGGCUGGGCGCCGGGACCGGUGGCUCAUCACUGUCACAGAUUUCCAGACUCGCUCGCGCCUGCUGCGCUCGGGGCUCUGCCUCCGCGGGCUUCCGCACCCUCUCGUGCGCCACGACGAACUGCUGCUGGGCGAUUACCGCCUGCACCUGCGCCGCUCCGUGGUCCGACGGCGCAUGCUCGAGGCUCUGGGGGCGGAGCCGACCGAGGAAGCCUGACGCUAGGGGGCGGGCCCUGGCUGCGCCUGCGCACCGCCCAAUUGGCUCGAGGGACCCACCCGGAACCCGGCAGGAAAGGGGCGUUGCCUCCCCAGGAAGGAGGCGGGGUCGGCUCGAGGGGUGGAUACUGUGAGUUUAAUUAUAAAGAAUGACCUGGUACAAAA